AUGUCCAGUAUCAUUAAGCAGACUGCAGUUGUACCAAAGAAAAAACUGGAAUUAGCUACUACAGGGCUAGCUUUUGCCUGUGGUUUGGUUUUAAAUGGUACCACCUCUAGAUUAGAAUUAGUUAUGUCUGACAAUACUUACAAAUUUCUGAGAUGGUUGUGGUUU